CUUUAUAAAAUACUUUUUGUUUUCAUUUGUCAAAAAUCUUUAGGUCUUACAUUUUUUUCAUCUGUAUAUUCUUGAGCUAUAUUUUAGGAAUUUAUAACCCUAUAACACUAAAGUAUAUGUGAUGGUAUAAACAUUGAGAUUAUUUCGUUUCUGCUAGACAGUUUUAUUUAUAGAAUUAUGUAUUUUGAAACAUAUGUUUGAAUCACUCUUAUUACUGAAUUAUGGACCUACAAAAUGAAAGUGAAGUAAAAUUUUUUCAAGAGCUUCGGUCAAAAUCAAAGCUGGUGCAGACCUAUGAAAAUUUGAAUUUACUUCAGUAUGCUGUUGAUCUCAUUCCUGUUGAAGAAUUAAACAUAAAAGCAUCACUCAAGUUGUCGUUAAUAGAAGUUGAGGAAAAUGAUGUCACACUCGAAGAUGUAUUGAUAUUAGAAUUACUGAGUUGGUUUAAGAAUACAUUUUUCAAAUGGGUGGAUAUCCCAAAGUGUGAAUCUUGUGGACAACUUCCAGAAAAGAGAGGGAUAGUUCCUGCCAUAGAAUCCGAAGCUGUUUGGGGUGCAAUACGAGUCGAGUGUUAUUUCUGCCCUCGAUGUGAAAGAACUAUUCGGUUUCCUAGGUAUAACAAUCCUAGGAAGCUGCUGGAAACAAGGCAAGGUAGAUGUGGUGAAUGGGCUAACUGCUUUACUCUCAUGUGCCGUGCCCUUGGCUACGAUGCCCGACUAGUGGUUGAUUGGAAUGAUCACGUUUGGACCGAGGUUUAUUCAUUUUCGAAAAAUCGCUGGAUGCAUUGCGAUUCUUGCGAAAAUGCAUGUGAUGUGCCUCUUCUUUAUGAAAUGGGCUGGAAGAAGCCGAUUAGCUACAUAAUUGCUUUCUCCAAGGAUGAAGUGCAGGAUGUUACAUGGCGUUAUACGUCCAAAUUUCGGGAAGUCCUCAACAGGCGCAAUCUCUGCAGAGAACUUUGGCUCCUAAACUGCAUUUCAUCUUUGACAGAAAGCCUGCAAAGCAAAGCUUCUCCGGAAAGGCAACGGGAAUUGAAAAUGCGGCGAGUCUUGGAGUUGGCUGAAUUUUUGACACCACCCUUGGUUAAUCAAGGUAAUUGGAGUGGAAGAACAUCGGGUUCUUUGGCAUGGAGAAUAGCAAGAGGUGAAACGGAAUUAGACAUCAGGCCUAGUACUUUCGUUUUUAAUUUGAAUGCUCUAGAAAUUGAACAGAAACAUUUCCACAUUAAGUACAGCUGUGCCUUAAACAAAUAUAUUCGUGUUUCUGAUAAAUCAUCUGAAAUACAUAAUUGGGUAUCUUGCAUUUUUAGUUAUAAUGACAUUUUUCGCAAAGUAGAAAAUGAUUGGAACAUUGUGUACUUAGCACGUAAAGAAGGGUCUCCAAAAGGCGUUAUAAGUUGGAAAUUUAAUUUUGAGGAUAGUGGACUAGUUAUUCAGACUUUAAAACUGAAUCUGAGCAGCACAACUUUUGGAGAAGGAAAAGUCAAGUGGUUUCUUUAUCCAGGCAGUGAACAAAGUAUUCCUAGAAUUUAUGAAAUGAAAGAUGUUACUCCAUUAUAUACUCAAGAGUUUAAAGGGUCAUCUGGCUUGGUCAUAUCCGCAGAACUUACAGAAGGAAUUGGAGAUGUGGCAUGGCAACACUCCCAAUUAUUCAGACAAGCAGCUGAUUCCAGUGAAUUUCCGUUUGAAGUGGAAAUCGCAUUAGACAAACCAUGAAGUGUUUGCUUUGUUGAGUAAUAAUUUAUUCAUUUCAUUCUACUUUCACAUUUCAACUAGCUCUAUAAUAAUUUGAAGCAGAACAUUCCUAAAGUAUCUGUCAGCUUCAGUGUUAUUGCUCAUAUUUCUGUAAAGUUUUGCAAACAUUUAUUUUUUGUUUAUUGAAGGUACUGUCUUAGAUAUAUAUUAUCUAUACUUGUAUCCAGAAUAAGGCUGAUUUCUCAAUUUUAUUUGCAAUGUUUUUGCAAUAUAAAUAGUCUUAAAUAUCGAAUUUCACCAGCUGGUAAGCUUACUUUUUGUUUGGCACCAGUAAAAAAAGACCUGAACUGGAAAGAGUCCAUUUCUUAUUAGUUGACCCAACAGAGUCAGAUUUAAAUGCCUAGGCAUUUACCUGAUGCCUACAAAACUUGUCGUACAAUUCCAUUUGGGUUAAUAAAGGUAUUUGAAGUGCAAAAACAUCCAGUUCUUUGAAAUGAGUUCGAAGGUGGCUUGAACUAAUUUUUUUUCAAAAGGGAGAAAUGUUCAAUUUGCCAAAUAAAACUCCAAAUUUUACUAAAUGAUUAAAAAAAAAAGACCAGCAUCAUUAUAAUUAUUUUUUUUCAAAUUGUACUGUUGCAGUUCUGUCUCCAAAUUUGCCAAAUCGUAAGACAAAGUUUGCCAAAUAAGGACAUUUUUGCGAGGUCACAAAGACCUCCCAUGAUUGCUGAUUGAAGCAUCCCACAUGGAUUCAUUUUUUGGUAUUAAUUUUUGGUUACUACAGUGAUUAAUCCAGCUCAGCAAUGAUCAAUAACGUUUCAGUCCCACUGGAUUCCCCAAGAAGAAUUGAACUCUCCAAAGAUUAGGCUUUUUCUUACUAUAGCAGAAAUGUUUCAUACAUUAAUUUCUUUAAUUAAUAAGUAUUUCCAUUACUAAUAUGCUUUUUUUUGUUAAUAGUUCAAAUAUUUGUUAUCUGAUUGCAUAUUGUUGUCAAAAUGUUUUAAACUAUAAUUUCAAGUUGUUGCCAAGAAAAUUUAAAUGACAAAUGU